AUGUUGCCGGGCGACCCCGACGACGCUAACAAUUCGACAGAUGAGGAAGAGGGCAAGAGUGUUGUAGCCGCACAGGUUGUGGUCCCCAUCGCCACCUCGCCGGUGGCUUCCACUUCCCGCUUGCAACCCCCGAAGAGAUCGGCCCCCGCCUCUUCGAACGAGAGCCUGGCUACCGGAAAACCCGUCGUCAAGAAGCCGACCAAAUUGAUGUCCACGUCGCAGCACUGCCUGCGCCUUCGACCUCGUUGCGGGGGACCCAGGCCGAUGAAGCGCUCGCACAUGCUGCUCUGUUUCGCCGAGUUCAGCCAGCUGCCGCAUGACCUAUGGCUGAUGGUGAUGAACCUGCUCAGCCCGCUCGAUCGGCUCAACCUCGCCCGCUCUCACAAAUUCUUCAAGUAUGUUUUCACUAUUUUUAAAGCAGAAAAACACCGCAUCGACUAUUGUGCCGCAUUUCGGUUCCGUUCGUUCCGUGCAACAUUAAAGCUUCUGCUGAACAACGCAUACUUCGAUCAGUUCGGCUACGGUGCUGGUUGGGGACUGCCCGCCCCCGAAGAGUACAAGACCGCCCCCCAUGUCCGCGCCCAUACUGCGAUGCUGCCGAUCAAAGGGCCGAAGCAAGACCUGUGCCGCCAAAUUGCUCUCCUCGACCCAUGUCGCGUCGCGGUGUACGCUGACCCGAAUGGCCAGCCCGGCGAGUUUGGCGCAGUGCUAAGGGAUGUGUUUGGACUGAACCGGCAAUCGCUGUGGGUGCACUUCGGUCGCCAGAUCGAUGAGAUGUCCAUUCUGCUCGAGGCCAAGUCACCCUCGAUCCGCGCCUACAUGUCCCUCUACACUAUCCCGGAGGCCCGUAACCAAUG